AGCGCAUGCGUAUACCACGAAACCAGUCUGGCAGAUGUGACUUUUAUAUUUCAUUGCAUAUAUUUGUUUAAUUCUGCGCCUUAAAGUCAAAUCGUUAUGGCAAAGCAAGUGCUGAGAUUAGACCCAGACAUUGAACUAAAAUUUAAAGGACCAUUCACAGAUGUUGUAACAUCAGAAUUAAAGUUGACCAACCCCUCAGACCAGAAAGUAUGUUUCAAAGUAAAAACCACAGCACCAAAGAGGUACUGUGUCAGACCAAACAGUGGCAUCAUCGAUCCAAACCAAAGUGUUAAUGUAUCGGUGAUGCUGCAACCUUUUGACUAUGAUCCAUUGGAAAAAAAUAAACACAAGUUUAUGGUUCAGACUAUGUUUGCUCCAGAUGGUCCAAUUGAAAGCCAGGAACAAUUGUGGAAAGAAGCCAAACCAGAAAGUUUAAUGGAUUCAAAAUUGAAAUGUUUGUUUGAAAUUCCUAAUGAUAAUAAUCAGACGAGGGAAGAAACAGAAAAGAUAAAACCAGUGAAACAAGUACAGUUAGAAACCUCACAAACAAUAAAGUCAAGUCCUGAAUCAGAGGGAAGAAAAGGCGAAUCAGAUAAACAAAGAUUACAAGCAGAAAUAGAAAAACUGCAGGAUGAAAAUAAAUCAUUAAAGGACAGUGAAGCAAGAUUAAGAAAGACAGCCCUAAAAGAAACAGUGUCAUCAACACCAUCAUACACACCUACACCAGAAACUAAACAGGAUUUAAUGAGUCAGAUAACAGCGUUCCCUAAUAUAGUUAUUAUUAUUGCUGCACUAAUUAUAGGAGUUAUUCUUGGAAAAAUGCUGUUAUAACUAUAACUGAACAUGUGAAUGCAUCAAACUGAAAGUGACUAUAUAAGACUGGAAUUUAAUAACUUUUAAAGAAAUAGACAUUUUAAUUUGUAACUGUCAAUGUUUAAAUUUAAGAUAAGUAAUUGGGUGUAAUAGUGAGUUUGAUUGGUACAAGACAAUAUUAGGAAGCUUAUUAUUCAUAACUAUAGCGGUCGGUUAAAGGACUUAUUUAGCUUCAAAGUACAAUGUACCUCGUCUAUAAAAAGGUUGGAAUUUUGGUCCUUAUUUUUGCUUCUAGUUGUUUAUACAUUUUUAGCUCACCUGGUCCAAAGAGCCAAGUAAGCUUUUCUCAUCACUUGGAGUCUGUCAUCGUUGACCAACUUCUAUGAAAUUACUGGGCCAAAUUUAGCCAAACUUCACAAGGGUAUCAUUUAAAUAUGUGACCAAUGACUUUUCAUGCCAAUCUAUUUGGCUAAAAAUAGACCUAGGUGAAAGUCACAGGCUCUUUAAAGUUUUAUUGAUAUAUUUGAAUUACAAGUUGUCCUUUUUUGUGAAGAACACAUAUUCUUUUUAUUCAAAAUUUGGUUCAGUUUUCCAACAAAAUUCAAAGAUAGGUAAAUUUGAUAUACAAGAUGUUGACAUAUAGCACUUCAUAUUUAUAAAGCAAGCACUUUUAAGGAAUAUGAGUGAGAAAGAAAAAGAUAGAGAUAAAGAUGUAAGGAUUUUUUAAUCACCUUGUGAAAUCAGAUUUUGUUGUUGUUUAGAUACUGGAUAUAAUAAAUGAGAGCAACUAAUUAUUGUAUAUAAAACUUGUGUAGAAGAUGAGCAAUAUUAAAAUGAUAAUGUUCUGUCAAUUGAAUUGAAAUUACUGUGGCACUUGUUAUUAAUAUGUGCUUAACUUCCAAAACAUUUGCAUGCAAAAAAAGGACUAAUACAAGCAGUUUACUAUAUUUAUUAUAUAUCUAACAUUAAACAAUACAUGAAUGCUAAAAUCAUUUCUUAAUAUCAGAAGUAAUGCAUGUUAUAAUUCAUUAUUGAAUGAUAUAAUUUCAUACUUGUAUGUUCUUUCAUCAAAUUGAUAGAAUACUUUAUGGUGUAUUAGAUGGGUUCAUACUUGUGUAUUAUAUGAAAGGUGUAUAAUCAUUUAACACAUAUGUUUUGGGAGUUUUGUUAUUAAAAGAAGUGUUGAUAAAGCAUAUAGUUCCUGGAAUAGUUUUAUAAAUAUUCUAUCGAAAAAUUCUAUAAAGGUGCUAGCUUUGAAUUACAUUACAUUUUAAUUCAGAUCAAAUCUGGUUUUGCACAAAACCCAUAAAAUUUUCUGAAAUGUUGAAAUGUCUAUAGGAACUAUACGACCAUAUUUGAAAGAAAACUUAAUGAUGAUCAUAUGCACAUGUGCAUCUUUAGGCCUUUGUACAGAUGUUGUAUAUUUCAUUUUUUAGACCAAAAUUUAAGUUGAUGCACUGUUUUAUUUUCCAUGGUCUUAUUUUGUUUUGUUUUAGUUUUUUUUUUAUGAAAAUGUUUACUUUUUCUAUUGUUAUUCUUUUUGUUUGUUUAGACUGUUUAUUUGAAUAAGUUCUUUUCUUAAGUUUUGCCUUAUUUAAAAUAGAUUCUAUGAAGUCUAGUUGAAGGUUCAUAAUUUCUUUUGUUUUAUUUAUGAAAGACACCAAAUGAAAACAAAACAAUUUUAUACCUUUAAGUACAGAACAAUAAAAUGUUGUACAAUUAUAAUGCGAUACAUUUCUGCUUUCCGACAUUUAGAACUUGAAAUCAUAAACAGUGGUUGUGACAAUGAUGCCAAAAUAUAGGGAUUUUCAGAUGUAAGAAGGUAAUAUAAAGUCCCCUUGUACAUAUGUCUCAUCACAACCAUAUCACAGCUUUGGGUAUUGUACAUGUAUUGAAAAGAAGAAAUAUGGAGAGAAGUUUUGUAACGUAUUGGUUGAUACUUAAUAUGCAAGUAUUUCUUUCUUAAAUAAACUAUGUGUCAGUUUGAUGUAUAAUAUUUAUAAUUUAUUAGAUCAGAUGUUAUAUAAUAUCUUCUAUUUUCGUGAUUUUCCUGCUACACAAUGAAUGUCUUAUGAAAUUGAAUAAUAUUUUCUCUUGGUUGGUAUUAUUACAAGUUAAAGCUUUGUCUUUCGAAUACUUUAAACAAGCUUUCUAGGUUAAUAGUGAUAUAAGUUCAUCAUAUUUGAAAAAACUUUAUAAAUUUUCAUAGCUUUAAUUUAUUAGAAAGACUUUCUGAUGUACAAACUCAACAGAAUAAUUUUCCAUGUUGAUAUUGCAGAGAAGAGAUAGAGAAAUGCUGGACACCUGUCUUUGUGGACUUUUAAAAAAAAAAUUAUUACUGACUUUUGACUCCAAUUUAUAUUUUUUUGACAGGUUACCUGUUCUGUGGUAAGUCGUCCUGGUACCAAGUCAUGUAAGAGCAACUAAAAGAAGUAAAAUCAAGCUUUCAAUCCAAACAAAUGUUUGGGUGAAAUUAAUGACUUUAUAUUUUCUAAAACUCAACUGAAAACCGUAUACAUUUCCCUCAAAUUUCACACAUUAUAUGUUGGAUUUUACUUAUUUUGGUGGCUCUAACUUGACCUAGUAUCAGGGGGUAUAACCACAGAAGUAGCAAUCUAUUGAAAAAUUAUAAAGUCAAAAGUUGGUAAUAUGUAAAUAGCUUAUUGAAAGUGGAAUAAAUUUUGUUUAAAAGUAGCCAUGUUUUGACAACUCCUUUCUUGAAUUAUUAAAUGAGUGGUGUAUAUAUUUUAUAGAUGUUCUUUUGUACAAAUUAAUUACAUUACAGGCACCUUACUCUAGUUCUUAGCUGAUUUAUCCUUUCUCAAACCUUUGUGAAAAUAAGCAACAUGUGGUCUUGUCUUGUGUUUCUUCUUCAUUGGUUUAAAUUCUCCUAUCUCCCUGCUUUUGCACAAGUCACUAGAGUCUAGUAUAUUUUGGGUAAUGAUUUAGUGAUCAUUUUGAUUUUCAGUGUUUUUAAUGGCCAUGGUCUUGUCUAUCCUUUGUCUUGUGUAUAAUUUCAAAUUGUCAUGUUAAGAUUGUUUAUGUUUUAAAUUUAGUAGUUUCUUUAGGUUAGACGUCAACCAAUCUUCUUUUAUCACCAACUUCAUUUUAUUACCAGCAGAAUUUGACAUGAGUAACACAAGAUUGUCACUUGUAGAACAAGAGUAGCCUCCUCUUUGAUUCAUGUUUUUGAUUAUUUUUUUCUGACCUUUUUGAAUCUGAUACAUUUUUAUAUGUGACAACUGUGGAGAGAAAAGAAGUAUCUAAUGAAGACUAACAUUUAGUUGGAAGAUAUAGAUUCUUUCCAUUAUGUAUUUCACAAAAUUCUCUCCAAAAAGUUUAAUAACAUGUUUGCCAUCUGGUCAAUUAAAAAAUCUGCAUCACUGAAAACAUUAAAAAAGAAAAGACAAUGUUGAUCACUAUUACUGGGAGGAAUAUAAAUGCAUAAGUUUUUUGAAACAUCUUUUAAACUUUUUCACAAAAAUAAUUGAAUGAAGUGAACAAGUAUAAGUAAAGUUAUACAAAGUUUUACAAGACAAAAAUGAUAUAAUUAAUUUAUUAGAUUUAAUAUAGGGAAAGGGCUCAAAUGACCAAAAGGAUAUAUAGUUGCUGAAUGACAUCUACCUGUUGAUUAAAAAAGAAUGAUAUUUUAUACUAGUAUACAUGUAGUUUUCAUUUUUCACAUCAUAUUUCAAUAUUAGUAUUGGAUAGCCUGGGUUGAACCGAUAUAAUUCUUUGUUUCCUCAUUUUGUAAUGUAAUGUCUAAGAACUGACAGGGUACAAACUUCAAAAUAAUAAAGCCAAGUCAUAUUUCAAGUGCUAAGAGCAAGGGUGGCAUGGGAGAUUUAAAAAUAAUUUAUUAUGGCUUCAUUGCUGUUAAAAUUUUACUGACCAAUUAUUCCAGUCAUAUGUGUGUGCAAUUUAAUCUGCAAUUGAGAAUACUUAAAUGGUUUUCGGUGUAAAAUCAUGUAAUUUAUUUAUGUGCUAUAAACUACCUGCUUUGAAUGUAAUACAAGUAAUCAGUUGUAUAUUCAGUAUGUAACACUAUAGAUGUAAACGUUUCUAACUGAUGUUACACAACCAUCAUUUCUACUGCUUCAACCAUUUGUUACUUUCAUGGGACAUCAUAAAAGAAUAGAAUGGAGAAAGUCCUGAAAUGAAAGUGUACAAGUCAUUUAGUUUGUUAAAAUAAACUUUUAUGAUGAUA